AUCUCCAGGCCGUCGAACCCUUUGGGCCCGGCGCCCGGCACGUAGUAAGCGCUCGACGGCGAUUGCGAGGCUGCCAACUAUUAGACGACGACGACGACGGUGAUUGAUAUCGUGACUCGUCGGGGUUGUGGGGUCCAGGGGAGCUGCGGACUGCGUCGAGGAUGGCGGAGGCGUCGGCCUGGCGGUCUGGCUGUGCCCGGGGCCUGUCCUCGCUGUACAGCUGCCGCUGGCGGGGGUCCAAGACCCCGGAGACCACCCAGUGUGACCGCGUGUGGUUGGGCCUGCUGUCGGCCACGUGUCUCCUGGCUGUGGGCUGGCUCUACGUCAGCCUCGUCCUGCUCAAUGACCUGCACAACUUCAACGAGUUCCUGUUCCGCAACUGGGGCCACUGGUUGGACUGGUCGUGGGUGCUGCUCCUCGUGGCCUCCCUGCUGGUCGUCUACUCCUCCGUGCUCCUGCUCCUGGCCCUGCUCCUCGUGUUGUGUGGGAAACCGCUGAGGCUCCAUUGGCUGCACAAGGGCCUGCUGCUGUUGACCGUGGCGGUGGUGGGCGCCGGCCUCCUCCUGCUCGAACUCCGGUGGCGGGAAGAGUGGGACAGCCUGCGCCUCUCCCUGAAGGCCACGGGCCCCUUCCUCCACGUGGGCGGCGUGGCGGCGCUCACCCUGCUGGCCUGGCCGCUGGCGGACGCCUACUACGGGACCCCGAGGACAGGGUCUGGGCCGCUGCUGGGGCUGUUCCUGGGGUCGGCCCUGGUCCUCUACCUGCUGCCGCUGGGCAUCUCCUCGCCCUGCAUCAUGGAGCCCGCCCAGCUGCCCCCGAAACCCGCCCUGGUGGGACACCGAGGGGCCCCCAUGCUGGCCCCCGAAAACACCCUGAUGUCGUUGCGGAAAACCGCCGAGUGCGGGGCGCGGGUCUUCGAGACGGACGUGAUGGUCAGUUCGGACGGCGUCCCCUUCCUGAUGCACGACGAGAGGCUGGUCAGGACGACGAACGUGGCCCCCGAAUGGGCCAACGAGCACAGCAGUAAUCUCUCCUGGAAGGAGCUGCAGACCCUCAAUGCCGGGGCCUGGUUUCUGCAGCGUCGGCCUUUCUGGGGGUCCCCAGCCCUGUCGGAGGGGGAGCGGCUGGAGGCGGGGAACCAGUCGGUGCCCGCGCUGGGCCGGGCCCUGCGGGAGGCGGCCGCCCUCCACCUGGCCGUCAUGUUCGACCUGCGCCGGCCCCCGGCCCACCACGCCCACCGCCACGACUUCGUCCAGAGGACCCUCGGCGCUGUGCUGGACUCCGGCGUGCCCCAAAACACGGUGCUCUGGCUUCCAGAUGAGGAGCGGGCGGAGGUCCAGCGGCAGGCCCCGGGCGUCCAGCACAUUUACGGCAGGCACGGGACCCCCGGGGCCCUGCCCGAGACCCCCAACGUCUCCCACGGCCCCCCCGGGCACGGCCUCAAUCUCCCCUACCAGGACCUGUUGCGCCUCGACUUGCCGGCUCUGCACCGGGACAACGUGACGGUCAACCUGUUCGUAGUGGACGCCCCCUGGCUCUUCUCCCUGCUGUGGUGCUCCGCCGUCGACUCGGUCACCACCAACGCCUGCCAACGCCUCCAACCCCUGCGCCGCCCGCUCUGGAUGAUGAGGCCUAGGACGUACCAGCUGGUCUGGGUGGCGACGGACUUCAUCUCGGCCCUGCUGCUGCUCUGUGUCUUCUGCGUCCAGCGGAGACGUGCCAGGCAAAGACAGCGACGUGGCCCGGAGUCCACCGUGCUGCUAACGAGGAUCGACAGCUUGGGCUCGUCGGCGUCCAGUUCAUCCCCGGGGUCGCCGACGGCCACCGAGGAGACCCCCCGGCCCCCCGACGGACCGUGAACCGCGGCCGGAGGCCGAAAUUGAGGGCGUCGUUGGAGGGGAGGGGGCCGCUUCCCCUGGGUUUGUCCGGCGUGGAGGCAGGGGAGUGGACAGGAUGACCCCGUGGCGUCUCCCCGCCGUGAUACCGUUCGGGCCU